CACAUGUCAUCCAAAAAAUGAAAGCACAGAAUUGCCUUACGAAUUGACUUGUAGUUUCUCUCUGUGUUCCUGAAAUUCAGGCUUUGAACAGUAAGGGACGCUGUUGGUUUGUAGAACAUAUAUUUGUGUGAUGCAGGCAGAGCUCUCUGUUUUCCCCGCAGUUAGAACAAGCAGUGGGCUUAAUAAACGGAUCUCUGGCCGCCAGUUCAAUUCGAACGAGGAUUUCGAAGUCAGAGGAUUAUUUUAUGCAGACGGCGCUGUUCUUUUUGGAUUAUAUAGAGCACACUUUUUACGCGAGCUUUUCUUGUUGGAGCGAUGGCGCUUGAAAAAACGUUUCCUUCUGUAAAAUGGCCUUUGUAUUGCAGGUCAGUGUGGUCGUUUCUGUUCUUCUGCUGUGUCGGUCACAUCGUGUCUGGUCAAAUCAGGUAUACAAUUCCAGAGGAGAUGAAAAAGGGGUCACUUAUUGGCAAUGUAGCUCAAGAUCUCGGUUUGGACGUACAGAGGCUUCGCUCUGGCCGUGCCCGUAUCGUGACCAGACAAAGCAUCCAGUACACCGAGCUGAAAACAGACAAAGGCAUUUUAGUCGUGAACGAGAGAAUAGACCGAGAGCAGCUAUGUGGAGACGUAACGCCGUGUAGUUUCAGCUUUGAGGUGAUUUUAGAAAAUCCGAUGGAGCUACACAGAAUAACAGUCGAAAUAACUGAUAUCAAUGACAACUCUCCGACAUUUAGGAAGGAUGAAAUUAAAUUUGAAAUAAGCGAAUCUGCGGUAUUGGGGUCUCGUUUUUUGUUAGCAAGCGCGGAGGAUGCAGAUGUGGGUAGCAAUGGUCUACAGAAAUACAUACUUACUACGAACGAUGUACUUACUUUGAAGCAACACUCUAGUCCAGAUGGUCGGAAAUAUGCUGAGAUGAUCUUACAAAAACCAUUAGAUAGAGAAAUGGAGCCAAGAAUGUCUUUGAAGCUCUUCGCUGUUGACGGUGGAUCUCCGCAUAGAUCUGGUACAGUGAAUAUAGAGAUCACAGUGCUUGACGCCAAUGACAACCCUCCUAUUUUUAACCAGACGCUUUAUAGGACUGCAGUCUUUGAAAAUGCAUUAGAAGGUACUUAUAUCACGACAGUGAAUGCAAGUGAUGCAGACAUCGGGUCAAACGGCCUUGUCACAUACAGAUUUUCAAAUAUGAAAGAGCGGCUGGCUGACAUAUUUCACUUAGAUGACGUUACGGGAACCAUCACACUUGUAGGGAGAGUAGAUUAUGAAAAAGACAAGAAAUAUGAAAUUAUAGUAGAGGCCAUGGACCAAGGAGGUCUGACAGAUUCAAGUAAGGUGCUAAUUGAAAUUGUUGAUGUCAACGAUAACGCCCCUGUCAUAAACGUGAUGUCUUUCUCCAGCCCUGUGCCGGAGGAUUCCCCCUGGGGCACCACAGUGGCAAUAAUUAACGUCGUUGACGCAGACUCGGAACAAAAUGGUCAAAUUACUUGUAAAACCGACAAUAUUCUCCCAUUUAAAGUAAAAUCGACAUUAACUAAUUACUAUGCAUUAAUAACCGACUCACCUUUAGACAGAGAACUUGUGCCAGAGUAUAACAUAACCGUUAGGGCCACAGAUUCUGGAACCCCAUCACUGUCAAGCACAACAGUGUUAUGUUUGAGGAUCUCUGACGUGAAUGACAAUGCCCCGUUAUUUGACAAAAUUAGUUACAUUGCACAUCUGACGGAAAACAAUACCCCUGGGAUGUCAAUAUUUUCCGUCAAAGCUCGAGACAGUGACUCAAAUCAGAACUCUCGAAUAUCCUACCUUCUAGAAGAAACACAGAUCAAUGGCAGUCCAACUUCCUCUUAUGUCUCCAUAAACAGUGAAACUGGAGCUAUCCAUGCAGUACGCUCAUUUGACUAUGAACAAAUUAAACAACUUCAGUUGGUAGUAAAAGCUCAGGAUGGAGGCUCUCCUCCUAUCAGUAGCAACGUGACAGUGAAAAUCAUGAUCCAGGACCAGAACGACAACCCUCCUCAGGUUCUGUAUCCAGUCCAGACUGGUGGCUCUCUGGUGGCUGAGAUGGUUCCUCGUUCAGCAGAUGUGGGCUAUCUGGUGACUAAAGUGGUGGCUGUUGAUGUGGACUCUGGACAGAAUGCCUGGCUCUCCUAUAAACUACAGAAAGCCUCAGACAGGGCGCUGUUUGAAGUGGGCUUACAGAACGGAGAAAUCAGAACCAUCCGCCAAGUGACUGAUAAAGAUUCUGUGAAACAAAGACUGACUGUUAUAGUGGAGGACAACGGGCAGCCCUCUCGUUCAGCUACAGUCAUUCUUAAUGUGGCGGUGGCAGACAGCUUCCCUGAAGUGCUGUCGGAGUUCACUGACUUUCCACACGACAAGGAGUACAAUGACAACCUGACUUUUUACUUAGUGUUGGCUCUAGCUGUAGUUUCCUUCCUCUUCAUCACGUGUUUAGUGGUUAUCAUAUCAGUGAAGAUCUACAGGUGGAGACAGUCUCGCAUCCUGUAUCACUCCAACCUCCCUGUGAUUCCAUAUUAUCCACCACGUUACUCAGACACUUUGGGGACAGGGACUCUCCAACACAUGUACAAUUACGAGGUGUGCAGGACGACUGACUCCAGAAAGAGUGACUGUAAGUUCGGCAGAGCUGGUAGUCAGAACGUGUUGAUAAUGGACCCCAGUUCUACAGGGACGAUGCAGCGGAUGCAGACUGAGAAGAGCAUCUUGGAUGAACCAGACUCUCCUCUAGAGGUCAGUUAAAU